CUCUCUGGCACCGCGUGGCAGGACAGCAUCCUCGCUCUGUGAAUACUGCACCUCGCGACUCGUGGCACACAGGCGUGCGUUUGCUCCUUGUUUCCCCCCCCCCCCUGAUAAACGGAGAGAGCCGAUAACCGGAGAAGAAAAAGAAAACAUGUCAAGCGCCAUCCUGAGACGGAACUCCAGCAAGGAAGGCUUGCAGAACCUGCUGAGAAUCACAGCGCAGCGGAGCCUCGAGGACGCGGAGGAGAUCGAGCGGGAGCGCCGUCGCCGGGCGCGGGAAUCUUUCCGCAGCUCGAGCAGCCAAUCGGACGUCCCGCGGGAUGGAGGGAACGCCGCCGAGGACAGCCCGUCGGAGGCCGACCUGAAGCCCAGCGGUCAGCAGGCCCUGGAGGAGGACGAGGGCUUCAGCGACUGGACGCAGAAGCUGGAGAGACGCAGACAGAGGCGGCUGGAGGAGCAGGGCCCGGCCGAGGAGGAGGAGGAGGAGGAGGAAGAGCUGAGGCGACGGCGAAGCGGGAAGCCCGCCCGCCCGGUGCCCCCCCGCCCAGCCGGCCGGCUGGAGGAGGAGGAGGUGGAGGAGGAAGAGUGGGAGAAAAACAGGAGGAGCAGGAGGCGCAGAGAGGAGGAGGAGGAAGAGGAGGAGAAACUGAGGGCGGGUGAAAGGAUGAAGGCUGUGAAGAGACAGGAGGAACCGAUGAGAGAGAGGGAUGAAAUGGCCAAGGAGAAGAGGAAAGAGGUGAAGGUCUCGUACACAUCCAAAGUCUUCCUGUCACAGGAAGUGAAACAUUUAAACGGCAAUGGAGAUGCAGCUGGGGAGGAAGUGACAUCACAUCUUGUUAAAACAAAAAGACUUGUGAGGAGUGCGAGUCGCGGGGGGCCCCAGGACGGGGAGGAGGAGGGGGAGGUGUUCCUGGAGGCGGAGCAGAAGCUGGAGAAGAUCCGGCGGACCCUGCAGGAGAAGGAGAGCCAGGAGCUGGAGCAGCUGCGGCUGAAGCAGGCUGAGUCCGAGCUGGAGCUGGAGGAGCUGCAGAGGAGGAGGGAGGAGCGCCGCAAGGUGCGGCAGGAAGAGGAGCGCCGCAGAGAGGAGGAGGAGCAGCAGAGACAGCUGAAGGAGGAGGAGGAGCGGAGGCAGAUGAAGGAGGAGAUCGAGAGGAGGAGGAUGGAGGCGGCGGAGCGCAGGAUGAAGAGUCUGAGCACCUGCAGCGUGGAGGAGGAGGAGCCCUUCAGCCCCGUCAGUCCCAAGAGCCCCUCCUUGAAGGGUGAGGGUGAUGACCGAGGCACUGGGGACACAGCGGUUUCGAUUAUGGAGCGAACCGAGUCUCUCAACCGAUCCCUAAAGAAGAGCAACAGUGUUAAGAAGACCCAGGCCCCCCUGCUCACCACCAGGAUCGACAACAAACUGGAGCAGUACAGUCACGCCAUUGAGGAGGCCAAGCAGUCCAAGCAGGGUGUGGUGGACAUCCCCUGCCCCCCCGAGCCUGUGGCCGCCAAGAAGAGCCUGUUCGAGGCGGGGGAGGCCUGGAACCAGAACUCCCCCAAGACCACACCCUCAAAGGAUGCUGAAGGCCUGAAAGUGGGCGUGGCCGACCUGAUCACCCAAUGGGUGAAGGGCAACCCCGAGAGUGGCGCCAGGAACCCCGCCUCCAAACCAGCCGACAUUAAGGCCGGCGACGUCCUGCACAAGAAGAACAUGUGGGAGUCCAUAAGAGACGGCUCAUCCUCGGAGAGAUCCCCUUCCGGGUCAAAGGGUACCCCGUCCGGUAAACGGUACAAAUUCAUCGUAACGGGCCACGGCAAAUACGAGAAGAUUCCGAUCGAUGAGGGCGAAUACGACGCGUACGAGGACGAAAAGCCAACUGGACUGUGCCAUCAAGACUCGUGAAACAUUGACGAUGCUUCAAACUCCAGCUUAUUUUCUUUAUUUAUGAUGUUUUUCAUUCAGUCUGUUUUUUUUACUGAUGCUGUUUAUGUAUAUUCCAGCCAUAUUGCAUUUUGUCGGGCUAAUGGUGAUGCUCAGCAGUAUCAACCAGUAUUUUUCAAAUAUAUCAGUUAUCCCGAGUACACGCCAAAUUUAAAGGUACAAUAGGUAAGAUUUUUGUGUUAAAACAUUGUUACAAGACCAUUGUAAAUCCCUUCCUACCAUUGAAAAAGGCUCACUGACAUGUUGACUCACCCUCUGCCUGUGUUUAUGAAUUCAGAUUCCUUAAAUUCGGGUUUCAAAAUAUGCAGGUGACGGGGCCAGCAAUCUGUACCAAAACAUCGUAUAGCAGUAUAAUAAUUUGCUGCCGUUUCAAGGUCAGUGCAUUCACAGAGAAGGGGAGGGAUAAACAGUGUUGUGGUUGGAGCAUGUUUGUUGCUGCAAUUCCGCUCUUGACCGUUAGAAGUCUGAAAUGACCCAUUGUACCUUUAAUGUUGAAUGCUGAAGGCUAUUUUGUUCCGUAUCCUUAGUCUUUAAUGAGUUUAUGUUAAGUACAAUUUCUUUAAAUAUAUAUUUUAAAACAACUUUAUAUCCUUCCAAGUUAUUUUUUUUUUUUUACAUUUGAAUCUACGUCAACUGGCUAGACCUAGAUGUAUAUAUGAAUAAUAAGUCUUUUGUCUACAGUGCAACUUGUUCUUGGGUGUUACUGCUUUGAAAAAGUAUCAGCAGAAUAGUUUUACUGCACAUACGUAAUUGGUUUAUGUGCAGUAGUUCAUUUUCUGUAAUUUAUUACUGCAACUGCAAAUAUGUUGUAUGAAAUCUAUAGAAAACAGCAGAAACAUAAUCCCAAACUGUGCGUUUCUUAUGGUAACAUCAGUGAAGUUGAGACUGCGUAUUGAACGACAGAUAUCCGAUUAUGGAUAUUUCAGGUUCUUAUAUUAAUUGAGGGUAGGUUUCAGCACAAUGCUGGCUCAUGUGGAACAAUCAAACACAUUUCAGGAUGAAGUAAGUGCCUUAAUGGAAGAAGAUCUUUUUACAAUCGUAGUUGCACGUAGUGGGAGUUAGUAGUGAGCUGUGAAAGAGGAACUGAGUUCCGCUCGAGAUAACCACUGUGUCAUUUUCACUGUCAGACUCCUGGGACAACACAGCUCACCCCUCACUUAGCAUUUUGACUUUAAUCAUGUCAAAUGAUACAAAUUAUUGUUUUUUUUAGUUUUUUUUAUUGCUGUAUUAUUUUUCCAUAGCACACGAGCACCAUAUGAGUUUUAUAUAUAAUGUUGGCUGUAUUACAAUGUGUAAAGAUAUUUGCCGCAUUUUUCUUCCCCUGAGUACCGGUAUGUUAGAUCUCUUAAUGUCGGUCAAAUUCGUUUCAAAUAUGAUCAGAUCUUGAUAUUAGCUUUAUUAUGAUCUAUACUGCACUCAAAUGCAAAAACAAAUGCAUUUCAUCUUGUCGACAUAGUCCACCACUCUCAAAGUGAUUCUGAUUUCUUGAUGAAAAAACUGUGCCUUGACUGUUUGUGUUCCUUAAAAAAAAUAAACAUUUUUUGUAUGAUUCCA